CCCCUCUGCGCGUCUGCCCCGCCAUCGCCGACGCCCAUUCCGAACAGCAACCCUUCGAUUGUCAUUAACCCUGCACCUGCAUCUGCUCCCUCCGACGCCGCUGCCACUGCAAUUGCGUCGUCGCCCAGCAUGGCCCCUUCAAAGACGGACGGCGACAAAGAUGGAUUCCAAACAGGCAAGGUCUACUCGGUCUCGGGACCCGUCGUCAUCGCCGAGGACAUGGCCGGCGUUGCCAUGUACGAGCUGGUGAAAGUGGGCCACCAUCAGCUCGUCGGUGAAGUCAUUCGGAUCAAUGGCGACCAAGCGACCAUUCAGGUAUAUGAAGAGACAGCCGGUGUUACAGUCGGCGACCCCGUACUGCGGACCGGCAAGCCCCUGUCCGUUGAGCUCGGUCCCGGUCUCCUAAACAACAUCUACGACGGCAUCCAACGGCCGCUGGAGAAGAUCUCGACCAUGGCCAAGAGCAUCUACAUCCCCAGAGGCAUCGUCGCCCCCGCGCUGGACCGCGAGAAGAAGUGGGAUUUCACCCCGACCAUGAAGGUUGGCGAUCAUAUCUCGGGCGGCGACGUGUGGGGGACGGUUUACGAGAACUCGUUCAUUUCGGUCCACAAGAUCAUGCUUCCCCCGCGGGCUCGCGGCACCAUCACCAGGAUCGCCGAGAAGGGCAGCUACACAGUCGUCGACAAGCUCCUCGAAGUCGAGUUCGACGGGAAGAGGACUGAGUACCCCAUGAUGCACUCCUGGCCCGUGCGGGUGCCGCGCCCGACCACCGAGAAGUUGUCUGCCGACCAGCCCUUCAUCGUCGGCCAGCGCGUGCUCGACGCCCUCUUCCCCUCCGUCCAGGGCGGCACCGUCGCCAUCCCGGGCGCUUUCGGCUGCGGCAAGACCGUCAUUAGCCAGUCUGUCUCCAAGUUCUCCAACAGCGACGUCAUUGUCUACGUUGGUUGCGGAGAGCGUGGUAACGAGAUGGCCGAAGUGUUGAAGGACUUCCCGGAGCUCACUAUCGACAUCGACGGCCGCAAGGAGCCCAUCAUGAAGCGCACCACUCUCAUCGCCAACACUUCCAACAUGCCCGUCGCUGCACGUGAAGCUUCCAUCUAUACCGGCAUCACGGUCGCUGAGUACUUCCGCGACCAGGGCAUGAACGUGGCCAUGAUGGCCGACUCGUCCUCUCGCUGGGCCGAAGCCCUGAGAGAACUCUCGGGUCGUCUGGGAGAAAUGCCAGCGGACCAAGGUUUCCCGGCCUACCUCGGUGCCAAGCUUGCCUCAUUCUACGAGCGCGCCGGCAAGGUCCAGGCCCUCGGCAGCCCCGCUCGCGAGGGCAGUGUCAGCAUCGUCGGCGCCGUAUCCCCGCCCGGUGGUGACUUCUCCGACCCCGUCACGUCCGCCACCCUCAGCAUCGUGCAGGUCUUCUGGGGUCUAGACAAGAAGCUCGCCCAACGCAAGCACUUCCCGUCCAUCAACACCUCGAUCAGCUACAGCAAGUACAACAUGAUGCUCGACAAGUGGUACGAGAAGAACCACCCGGAGUUCCCGCGCCUGCGCGACCGUAUCCGCCAGCUGCUGUCGGACUCGGAAGAGCUCGACCAGGUGGUGCAGCUGGUCGGCAAGUCGGCCCUGUCGGACCCGGACAAGAUCACGCUUGACAUGGCGACCCUGAUCAAGGAUGACUUUUUGCAACAGAACGGCUACUCCGACUACGACCAGUUCUGCCCCCUCUGGAAGACCGAGUGGAUGAUGAAGCUCAUGGUGGGCUUCCACGACGAGGCCCAAAAGGCCAUCGCCCAGGGCCUCACCUGGGCCAAGGUGCGCGAGGCCACCCAGGAGCUGCAGUCCCAGCUGCGGAGCCUCAAGUUUGAGCUGCCCAGCGAGGGCGAAGAGGUGAUUUGCAAGAAGUAUGAGGCCAUACAGCAGGCCAUGAUGGACAAGUUCGCCUCGGUUGUGGACGAGUAAGGACGUGUAGAGGCGUGCAUUCGUGUAGAGUAGGCAGAGGAAGGACAAGAAAGGUUGCUGGAUGACAUAAAAUUGGCAUUUUGCAUGCUGCAUGGCGCGUGCCUCUCUCGUCUAGCUUGUUGUCAGGUCGUCUGCGGCGGUCCCAGUGGGUUUUAGGUGGUCGUCUUGAUUUGUCGUUUCCUCCCGCUUGGUUUCCCCUUCCUUGCUGUGUCACUAUCGGUGGUGCAUUCGGGAACAAUCGUUCGAUAGAGCCUUGGAGGUAUCAUUUGAAUCUUGUUCGUUCGCCCG